AAGCUUGGAACUUCUAUGAUAUGACUUGGAUCCCACUAUCAGGUAGCGUUCUUGCGAGAGAAGAGAAGAUUUUUAAGUACGAGCUCGAAGAAAGAGAUGUUUGGCACUCUCGCCACCCACAUUUUACUGUUGCUCGUCGCGAUCAUCGCGAUCAAUCUCUACCUAAGCUCGCUUCCGGCUUGGUUCUUCGUGACCCAAGUUAGCACUCGCUCCAUCGCCGCCUUCCUCCACAAUCUCACGCUCCACCCCCAUGUCGCGGGGACGCCGCAGGGGUUUGCUACUGCCAAGUUCGUCGAGGAGAGAUUCCGCGAGUUUGGGCUCUCGACGCGCACGGUCGACUACGAGGUACUCGUCUCGUAUCCAUUGAAGCGAUCGUUGUCCGUGGUCUACCCAAGCAACUCGUCACUCAGCUUGGCUCUAGACGAAGAGACCGUGGAUGGCGAUGGCGAUUCCUCUGGAGUCAUUCCAACUUUCUUCGCUUACUCGCCGUCUGGGGAAGCUCUUGCCGAGGUGGUGUACGCAAACUACGGCCAAAAAUCCGAUUUUGACGAGCUCAAGAGCCUGGGAGUGGAGGUGAGAGGGAGCGUGGUAAUCGCCAGGCUUGGCAAGAGCUUUCGAGGGGAUAUCGUGUUUAACGCGCAGGAGGAAGGCGCGGUGGCCGUGGUUUUGUAUCCGGAUCCUCGAGACUACGCCACGAACGCUACCACUGAAGGCUACUAUCCAUUCUCGCGAUGGUUGCCUCCAAGUGGAGUCCAGAGAGGCUCCGUGAUCCAGGACCCCGGGGAUCCUCUCACCCCGGGGUGGCCGAGUAGCAAGCUUUCCAAGAGACUGGACGCUUCCAACUUGACAAGGCUGGGAGUUCCAGCGAUCCCCGCGCUGCCAAUCUCCGCUCGCGACGCUCUUCCAAUCAUCAAGGCGCUGGGAGGCCCUGUUGCUCCUGAUUCCUGGCAAGGAGGACUUGCAGUGGACGCGUAUCGAGCUGGGAAAGGACCUGUGAAACUUGAUCUUCGCUACGAGGCUAACCUGACCACUGCGACAAUUCGUAACGUUUUUGGAAUUAUAGAAGGCUCUGAGAAAGAUAGAUAUGUGCUUCUUGGGAAUCACCGAGACGCUUGGACGUAUGGAGCCGGCGAUCCAAACAGCGGAACUGCCUGCCUUUUGGAGAUAGCUCGCAUCUUUGGACAGUUUCUGAGAAAACCAGCGAGAACAAUCGUAUUUUGCAGCUGGGAUGCCGAAGAGUACAGUCUGAUUGGUUCUACGGAGUGGGUCGAGGACAAUUUGGCCAUGCUUAAGGCUCGAGCGGUGGCUUAUUUAAACGUGGAUGAAGCAGUAACAGGCAGUUCUUUCUCAGCGUCUGCUACGCCUCAGCUUGACAACCUUUUAUUCGAAGUCACCAAAAUGGUGAAAGAUCCAGACUCAAAUGGAACCAUAUUUGACUCGUGGUGUGGAAAAUCAAACGAUUGUGUCGGGAGGCUGGGCGGUGGUGGCUCCGACUACGCUCCAUUCUUGCAGCACGCAGGAAUUCCCUCCACCAGCAUGACGUACGAAGAGAAAAACUCAGAUUUUCCCGUGUAUCAUUCACUCUAUGACAAUUACAACUGGAUGAAAAACUUUGGAGACACUCAGUUUCAUCGCCAUGCAACAGUGGUGAAAGUCUGGGGACUGCUUGCGAGGCGCUUGGUCAUGGACACGAUCUUGCCUUUCAACUAUGUCUCGUAUGCAAAUGUCCUGGAGGUCGCUGUAAAGGAUUUGGAGGCCAGGUUCCUGCUUAUUUCGGGUCAUCUGGGACGGCCUACGUUGGAGGUACCAAGAAUGCUUUCGUUCCGGGUGGAAGUGAUCCGGGCCUCAAACCACGAAGCUCCAGUUAAUAUACUUAGCCUCAGCAAGUCGCGCGACGUAAAUUUCUUCCCACUUCAUUUUGCGGUGGAUCAACUUCGUGAACUUGCGUCCAAGAUCCCUUCUUUCACUGCGCCCAGAAGUAAAAAUGAUAUUUUGAUGCUUGGAGAGCGCUGUUUUCUAGAUGGCGAAGGCCUUCCAGGGAAGCCAUGGUUCAAACACUUGAUCUAUGGCCCAACUCAAACAAAUGUCUAUGGUACCUCGACAUUCCCUGCUAUUGCGGACGUUAUAUCGAAGAUGGCUGUGGGUGAGGACAAAGAAGAGCUUAAAGCUUUAAAACAAGACUUGCAACAUGAAAUAUGGAGAGCUGCGAGAGCUAUCUAGUGUGCCGCGAAUGUCAUAAAAGGUGAUAUAUUUUUCUAAAUGGUCCUGAGAGAAUCAUGGCCGUUGAACCGUGCGCAGUUGCUCUCGGUAUUUAUCC